AUUUAUUUAUAUUAUUUUUUUUAAACAAAAUUUAAAGUGAGUAACAGAUAGUAGACACCACUCCCAAGUCCCAACCCAGUUUCCAAGCGCUUGCCCCUUUGAUCCGCCGCCGUCCCCCUCACCUUCUUUCCCCCUCCCGCCUCCGCCUCCGCCUCCGCCUCCACGAUACAAUACAAUUGCAGGAUUUUUCUAGUACCUCAAUAGCAUAUUCAUCUCACCGCUGUCCAAGCUGCGUCUGUACCGGUUCCCUUCCAAUUUUCUACACCUUGCGGUCUUGGUUCUCUCUCUUGCAAGCGCACCCGCACACUCAUUGUGUGUGGGAGGUAUAUAGAUGAUGGAUUUCCAAGUUGUUGUGUUAGCAGGCGGGUUUUCCAAGAACUUAGUGCCUCUUGUUUCCAAUGAGGUGCCAAAAGCGCUUCUGCCAGUUGCAAACCGGCCAGUUAUUUUGUAUGUUCUGGAACUGCUUGAGCAAAACGACCUCAAAAAUGCUAUUGUUGUUGUUGAAGGGGAAAGCGCGGCUCUUUUGAUCAGUUCCUGGAUUUCUAUCAAUUUUGUUGAUCGAUUACAUGUUGAGGUGACUGCAGUUCCAGAGGAUGUUGGUACAGCUGGUGCUCUUAGAGCCAUUGAUCACCGCUUGACUGCGAAGGACAUCUUGGUUGUGAGUGGUGAUUUGAUAACUGAGAUACCACCUGGGGCAGUGGCGGCCACACAUAGACGUCAUGAUGCGGUAGUUACUGCAAUGCUUUGUCCAGUUCCUGUUAGUGGACUGUCAGAAUCUGGCUCAUCAGGUGCCAAGGACAAAUCCAAGAAAACAAGCCGCUACAAUGUUGUAAGCCUUGAUCCGACGAAGCAGUUUCUAUUGCAUAUAGCAGCUGGAGCUGAAGUUGACAAAGACGUACGAGCUCAAAAGAGCAUUCUUCGAGCAGUUGGCAUGAUGGAAAUUCGUACUGAUCUAAUGGAUGCUCACAUGUAUGCAUUCGAGAGAUCUGCUCUGCAAGAUGUUCUAAAUCAGAAAGAAAAUUUUACAAGUCUGAGGCGUGAAGUAUUGCCUUAUCUUGUUCGGUCCCAGCUGAGAUCUGAAUUAUUAUCAAAUGGAGUGCAAUUAGACGAAAAUAGCAACGGUCAGAAUGGUCCCCAGGACAGUAAAAUUGUGCUAUCUCAACUUCUGGCUAAUUCAUCUACACCAAAUUUUCAUGAAAUCUAUGCGCUGGGUCUGGCGGGAUCUGCUCCUAUGAGGAAAACACAUAAAUGUUGUGUUUAUGUCGCAAAUAAGAGCAAGUAUUGUGCAAGGAUGAAUUCCAUUCAAGCUUUCAGUGACAUAAAUCGAGAUGUAGUAGGAGAUGCAAGUCAUCUAUCAGGCUAUAUCUUUUCUGCCCAUAAUAACAUAAUUCAUCCAUCAGCUGUACUUGGAUCGAAGACCACAGUGGGACCACAAUGCAUGCUGGGUGAAGGUUCACAAAUGGGUGACAAAUGCAGUGUGAAGAAGUCUGUAAUUGGUCGCCAUUGUCGAAUCGGCUCAAAUGUGAAGAUUGUCAAUUCUGUUGUUUUGAACCAUGUCUCCAUCGCGGAUGGUUGCUCGAUUCAGGGCUCUAUUAUCUGCAGCAAUGUGCAGCUCCAAGAGCGUGCCGUGUUGAAGGAUUGCCAGGUAGGAGCAGGUUUCGUAGUGAGUGCAGGGGGUGAAUACAAGGGGGAAGCCUUGGCGAAGAAAGAAAAAAUCUAGUCACUCAUUUCUUUGUACAAGCCAUCCCUUGUGCUGUUGCCACUGCUCUUUUUUCUUGCUCAAGAGUAGGUCAAUUUUGUCGGAAAUUUGGUUUGGGAAAUUUUUUGGAAUAAACAAAUUGCUAAUUGUUGUUGUUUUUGGGUUUUGACUUUUGAGAUGAUUAUUGGAUGGUGUGGUUGAGUGUGUGUGCACGGUGAUAUCAUGUGAAAUUGUUGGCCUUUUUUGGUGAAAUGCAUCUGGACAAGUUGAGUA